GUCCAGUUCACGUGCCGUGUUCAAUGCGACGGCUUAGAAAACUGUUUGUCUUUGCUAGACGAGAAUUGAACAGCGCUGUCGAUGAUAGCUUGUUUGGUUUAGAGGAUUUUGAUUCAGACAAAGUAGAUUGGUACUUUUUACACUGCAGGAUAGACCUUGGAAGGAGUCAUGUGUUUAUCGUGACCAUUGCUCUCUCUGUGUCCGGAAAAGAAAUUGGACGUUGCAGCUCAAAAGAACGCGCUUGCUAUGCAGACACAGCAAAGAGAGCAAUUUAUACAGAAAAGCUAAAGCAACAACAAGGAAUAAAACCUAUUGAGUCGCAUAUUUCUUCAACGAAAACAAUUGAUUUAGAAAAAAUGGACUAUCAUGUUCAGUACAUGCUGAGACAUAUUACCGCAUUAUUCAAGUUUUAUAGUACCCAGUCUCUUUUAAUUUUCACAGCUACCAAGGCCGACAACGAGCAAAUGUCAAGAUGGCAAACAUUCUUAUUAAUGGUAAUAAAAAAACAGAAAAUAGAGGAGGGAAAAAGCAAGUGGUAUAGUAGCUUUUCAAGUCGUCGUGCUUUAUUUGAAAGAAUAACGAAAAUGUCACGUGCUCAUAAAAUGGCCUAAAUGAAUAAAAUACCUUUAAACCCACAGUGACGCAUAAACCUGUCUCUCUCGCGAAUUUUUUUUUUUUUUUUGUUUAAAAUGAG